AUGGGCUCCACCAACUCCUCGCUCGCGUCCGCGACGGCAGCCGCCGCCGCAGCAGCAGCAGCAGCGGCAACGAGACCAAAGGCUGCCGCAACCCACCAGUUCCUCCACCCGGUGCCGAAACCCAUAACCUCCGUCGAGUUCCUGGACGCCGUCCGCGCCGCCACGCCCCCACGCUUCCCUCUGGCCCGCAUCUCGCGGCCGCGCCGCAUCGGCCUCGCCGUGUCGGGCGGCGUCGACUCCAUGGCCCUCGCCUUCCUCUUCAACCGCCUCCGCGAGUACAUGCCGCUCAUGCGCAUCGUCGACAACCCGCUGACCAAGCUGUCGGCCUUCAUCAUCGACCACCGGCUCAGGGAGGGCAGCGCCGACGAGGCCCUGGCCGUCGCCAACGAGGUGCGGAAGCUCUCCCACAUACGGCCGCACGUCGACACGAUCAACUGGAAGCUCGAGGGCAUCGAGGGGGACCCGGCGGCCGCCCCGAAUCUCGAGAGUAUCGCGAGGCGCGCGCGGUACCACAGGCUCGGCCGCAUGUGCGCCACGCUGCGCGUGGAGAGCCUGUUCCUCGCACACCACCAGGACGACCAAUACGAGACCGUGCUCAUGAGGCUGCUCGCCGGCCACGGGAGCCGCGGCCUGAGGGGCAUCGCCAUGGCCGCCAACAUCCCCGAGUGCUACGACAUGCACAACGUCUACGAGAGCGGCCACGUCGACGACCAGAGGGCGCAGGCCCCGCUCGUCAGCUUUCGUCCGCCCAAGAAGGACUGGGUCUCGGUGCGGAAGGAGCUGUCUUCGGAGCUGGACACGGACCUGUACGGCGCCGAGCUGAGGGCCGGCCUGCAGAUGGGCUGGCACGAGAGCCCUUACCUCGGCGGCGGUGUCAGCGACGCGCUCUUUUCCGCCGCGAGCUCCGCCUCGGCCAAGGCGAGGGCCGCCAAGGCCGCCGCCGCCGCGAGGAACAUGCCGCAGAUUCACUCCGAGGACGCCGGCGUCAUGGUCUACCGGCCCCUGCUAGGCUUCCCCAAGGACCGCCUCGUGGCGACCUGCGAGGCCAACAACGUCCGCUGGUUCGAGGACGCGACGAACAAGGACCGCACGCUGACCAUGCGGAACGCCGUGCGUCACCUGGUGCGCGAGCACGCGCUGCCCCGCGCCCUGGGAAGGGACCACGUGCUGAGGCUGGCGGCGCAGUGCGACGCGCGGGUCAAGGGCCAGGAGUGGGAGGCGGGGCGCUGGAUCCGGGGCGGCGUGAAGGCGGACCUCGAGCCCAACGUCGGGACCCUCGUCGUCGAGCUCCCCGGAAUGGGAGUCCCUGGCCGGACGGCGGCGGCGGCGGCGGCGGCGAGGAAGUCGAUCUACGACGACACGCGGCGGGAGCUGCGGCUCGCGCACAGACGGCUCAUCGCGGCGUUGAUGGUGCGGAAGCUCGUCGCCUUGGUCUCGCCCGACCGGAACCCGCCGCAGCUUGCCUCGUUACAGACUGUUGUCGGGAGACUCUUUCCCGAGCUCGCCGAGCGCUCCGACGAAACCAGCAAAAGCAACAGCAACAGCGACGGCAACAACCCGGCGACGACGACGCCAAAGGCUUUUAACCAGGCCUCGGUCCUCUUCCUCCCCGUCGGGCCCAGGAAGUGGUACCUCGUCCGCGAGCCCUACCCGUCCCUCCAGCCGCAGCCCGAGCUCACGUUCACGACGGUCAAGAACACGUACCUGCGGCGGUACCCGACGUUCCCGCCGACCAAGUGGCAGACGCACGACCAGGACGGCGGCAGCGUGGAGAAGCCCGUGUGGGAGGGCCCCCCGCCGGCGCCCAUCCCGCCCAACAGCGCGAGGCAGUGGCACUCGUGGCAGCGCUUCCAGCUCUGGGACGGCAGGUUCUGGGUGCGCGUCAAGGGCCGCGUCAAGGCCGUCUUCCGCAUCGCGCCCUUCUCGCCCGUCCACGGCAGGGUCUUCCGCGAGCGUCUCGGCGAGGGCGAGGGCGCGGGCUACGGCAACGCCCCCGAGGCCCCCAAGGCACCCGUGGCCCCUGCCGAAACCAAGGAGUCCGCCGCCGCCGACAAUAAUAGCGACGAUAAAGACGACAACUACUACUGCAGCGGUGGCGGCGGCCGGGGCGGCGGCGGGUUCGGGAGCGCGAGGAUCGGCGUCACCGGCGGCGACCGCGGCCCGUCGACGGCAGCGGACAAGGACGGCAGGGCGCGGCUCGAGGGGAUCCUGAAGCGCUUCGCGCCGGGCAAGGUGCGGUACACGCUGCCCGCGCUAUACGCCGUGCACCGCGACAACGAGACGGGCGAGGAGGUGCUGCGGAUGCUCGCGCUGCCGACGCUGGGCAUCGGCCUGCCCGGGCUGGAGCGGUGGGUGCAGUACGAGGUCCGGUACCGCAAGAUCGACCGGAGCCUGUUGGACGGCCCGCCGUUCGGCGUGAGUCUCCGCCGCCGGGCGGUCCCGCGUGGCGGGGCCGCGGCUCUGAGGAAGAAGGUGCUGGAGGAGGGCAUCGCCGAGGAGAGGGACCGGAGGCGGAUUGGCGCGUUGAGGAGGAGGAGGAUGGGGCGAAGUGGUGGUGGUGGUGGUGGCACCGGCGGCGGCGGCGGCGGGAAGCGGAGCGGGAGGAUUGCAAGUCGAGAGUGGAGGGGUGGUCGUUUCCGUUUGAUGAAGUUCAAAACAAAAAACAUGAUUGAGCGUUAG